AUGUCACCAACAGAGUUCAAAGUUGGUGGCCUUUACGUUUUUCUUCUCGCCAAAGAUGAACCACCAGAGCCAAAUGAAUUCUAUUGGGGUCUAUAUCUGCGCGCAGACACAACGGGAGGUAUGGUCUACCGCAUCAAGGACAAGGGAUCUGGAUACCAACCCGAACAUGGCUUUACGGCGGGAAUACUCAACUUCCACCUCCUCGUCGGUCUUUAUCGUAUCGCUGACAUCAGCACCCCCUGGCAUCCGACAGUCGACAGAAUCAUUAGGACGUAUGACAGCAGCCUGAACCAUCCCGGCAGGUCGACGAGUUGCAAAUUCUGGGUUCUGAAUGUUCUUGCAUUACUGAUACGACCCACGGCUACCGGGUAUCAGAUUGUGAACUGUCAUAACUUGCCAAUUUUGGAGCAGGAAAUUCGAGACUGGGGGAAUAGAAUGUCUCAGGGCAGGAUAUGGGAACAGAGACCUAGACCAAUUGGGUCUUCGAAGAUUUGCGGAUUACCAGAAUACCAAUUACGUGGUUUUUGA